AUGUAUGCCUUCAAGCUCGAUUUCUUUCUGGCUGCAGCCUGUCUCGCGAGCUCAGUUGUGGCUCAGACAAAACUGAAAAUAAUGCCACUUGGAGAUAGCAUUACGGAAAUCACCUGCUGGAGAACAACAGUAUGGGAUGAUCUUAACGCAGCAGGAGUUGCAGAUAAGAUCCAGUUCGUUGGCUCCAUGACCAACAAUCCUCAAAACUGCAAGGGAAAUUCAACUUGGGAUAUGCAUCACGAGGGUCAUUCUGGCUACCUUGCUAUUGACAUCGCCAAUAAGUACCUGGUAAAUUGGCUUUCCACAACCAAGCCUGACAUUGUUAUGUUCAUGUUGGGUACCAACGAUGUCGCCCAGCAGAACAAAGGCCCUACUGAGAUUUUGGCUGCGUACACGAAGAUGGUGGGGCAGAUGAGGGCAGUCACCCCAAAAGUCAAGAUCAUUGUCGACCUUGUCAUCCCAAUUAGCUUCGGUUCCUCCAACACGGGCAUCACGGCUUUGAACCAAGCCAUUCCCGCAUGGGUAAAAUCCACGACAACGGUAGAUUCCCCUAUUGUCAUUGCGGAUUGCGCCACAGGUUUCCCGACAUCUGACCUGAGAGAUGGUGUUCAUCCCAAUGCUGCCGGUGAUGCCAUUAUUUCCUCGCGCAUCUUCCCAGUCCUGCUCAAGGUUAUUCAAGAGAGUCUGGGAACUGCAACCACACCUAUUGCAUUUACCGCAUAG